AUGGGUGAGAAGGUUGCAGCUAGUUGGUUACCAGUGUACCUCGAGUUGACGCUGGCUGGGCUUCCAUCUUACACAAAGUUUGGGUUCGAAAAGUUGUCGCAAGAAAUGGUUGUUGAAACCCGACAUGACGUAUUUUGUGUCAGACGUAAAGGUUCCGUUCAUAGUCGAGAUGCCGUCAGUGGCAUGAGGGAUGAGAUUCGAGGAGUGGGACUUAGAAAGGAUAAUUAUCCCCUCAUUCUUGAAGGAUUGCUGGUUAACUGA